AUGGCCCGCUAUGAAACCUGUGACCGCAAUCAAGAAGAUGAUGACAUAUCCGUUCUGAUUCGAGUUACAGGUCCACCCAUACUAUCCCUUCGAAGAGGAGGGUAUUGCUGGCGUCUCCUGGUGACCGGAGGAAAGAAGCGAAGGAUACAAAUGCGCCUAUUGGAAAGCACUCUAUUGAGAUGGUCCAGGCGAUGGUGGAAGGAUCUUAGGCAGACGGGAGAUCAGGACGGAUCCCGAGGCUCAAAGGAAAUUCAAUCGAGUGUCCCCUUUCAUGUUUUCUAUCUAUGUUAG